AUGAAAAUCAUUUCCUCAAAACAAUUCAUUUUAUUGACUUUAGCCACUUCAAGCCUGUUAACAUCAAACAUCUUUUGCGAAGAUGAAUUAUUGCUGCCCAAUCUUCACAGCAAAGAAAAUUAUGGCAAAUGUUCUGAGCACAGGGGAUCCCCAAAAGGAGAGAAGGAAAGAGGUCUGAAUUUUCAAGAGUUAAAAGAUUGGGGACCAAAAAAUGUCAUGAGUACACCCCCAGUCAAUAAAAUACCACACUCAGCAGCCAACUUGCCUCUGAGGUUUGGAAGGACCAUGAAAGAAGAAAAGAGCCCAGGAAGGAUUGCCAACCUGCCUCUGAGAUUUGGAAGAAAUAUGGAAGCUAGUAUCUCCAGAUACAUUCCUAACCUACCCCAAAGGUUUGGGAGAAUGACAACAGCCAAAAAUGUCAUGAAGACACUCAGUGAUUCAUUUCAACAAUCCAUGCAUUCACUCUGUGCCAGUGAGCUAUUGUACUCCAACACCUGCCCAAACCAAGAAAUCCAGAAUCCUGAUCAAAAACAACCAAGGAGACUGGUAUUCAAGAAAAUAGAUGAUAUAGAAGUAAAACAAAAAACAUAA